CUUCCUCUUCCCCAGGCUGCAGCUGUGACCCCCAGGGCACUGUCCCUGCACGGUGUCCCUCUUGGGCUGAAGCCUGCUUCUGCAACCAGGUCAGCAGGCUGUAUUCUUGCCACCCUCACACACUGGGGCAGGACUGUAGCCACUGUGCCCCUCUCUUCUAGAACCUGGGGGGACCCCGGGGCUGUGAGCCCUGCAAAUGCCAUGCCCAACACACUGUGCAGCGGCAUGUCACCCAGGGAGUGAGGCCCCGUUGCACAUAGCUGUGGCGGCGUCCGGGUGUGAGUGAAGGUGUGUGUGCCUCUGACAAGAUGUUACUUGUGGCUGGUGUGAGUGUUCACGUGACCACCAGCACCGGGGUGUGUGGCUGCAAACAGCUGUGUGAGUCUCUGCUUUUGUGUGACAUCAGCUAUAAGGUAAUGGCAGGAUUUGGGGUAAGGCAGACAUGAGACCACACGUGCCUGACCCCACAUGCAGCCAUGUGCUAGUGUGCGGGUGACCCACUGUGAAUGGGUCCCGGCAAGUGGACUGAACGUGGCAGGGGCCGGCAGGGGAGGCUGAGGAGACACAGGUGAAGGGUAAGGAUUGAGAGCUUGUGCAGGUAGAGGGGGAUGGCCACUGUGAGCAGGAGUUUCCAGGAGGAGAGUGAUCAGCAACCAACUGAAACGAGGCCUGAAGUGUGUGCUCUUAUGUCCUUGGCAAAGAGACGGUGGGAGGCAGGGUGAAGGAGACAGCGGGCUGUUCAGAUCAGGACACAGAAUAGCAAGUCAGGAGUUGAGAAACCAGAGGGUCUGUGGGAGGCUGGCAAUGUGGGAAGGUGGGGGCUGGCCAAGGAGGUCAGGCCAGAGGAAGCAGGAAAGGGAGAAGCCUUCGGCCAAGCACAGGUGUGGGUGCUGCCCAGGGCAGCGGCAGGGCAGGGAGAAGACUCUGUGCUUGGUUUGCAUACGCUGCCUUUGAACACUUGUGUCCUUCUCCCUGACCCAGAGGAGGCUCUGUGUUCCUACUGACUGGCCCACACUCUCUUCCCUCAGGUCCCAGGUCAGUGCACCUGGGAUUGGGAGCCACACGUGCUCCAGGUGUCUAGGUACUGGGGUGACCCAGAGCAGGAAUGCAGAGGUGAGAAAGCCACUCACAUGAUCCACACCACCAGGGAUGAUGUUUCCCUGAAGGGGCCCAGUGUGGAGUAGCAGGGGAACGGUGAGGCUUUCCUGAAGGAGAACACAGCAUGUUUAUUGAUGUUUCCCCCAAAACUCAAAGAAAUACUCAUGAAAACAGCUGUUGGCAAGGCCAGGUGGGGUAUUCCUACAGAGAGCACACAUCGGGUGGCUCUUUUCUGAACCCAUCUGCCAGUCCUGCACCCCAGCUGACCCUUGACUGGACUAUAGAGCUUCCGGAGCAUUGUGCUGUUUCCCUGCCCAAAGGCUGCCAUGCCAUAUGGCCUCUGUGGCCAGGGAAGAUGCCAGUGCCCAUGGUCAUUCUAAGCAGUGGCUUGGGCAAAGGCUUGUGUGCACCCUCCCACUCACACAGGGCCGUUCUCCAGGCUUCUUGGAGGCAAGGCUGGGGCAAGUGUUGCCUGCUCCCUGCCCUAACCCUGUCUCUCCCCCACAGCCUGUGCCUGUGACCCACAGGGCUCCAUCUUGCCCAGCUGUGAUCCACACACAGGUGCCUGUUUAUGCAGAGAGGGUAUCUCAGGGAUGAGGUGCCAAGUGUGUGCCCGUGUUUCCAGAGGUGGCUUCCCACACUGCAUGUCUUGCCCUACCUGUUUCACCUCCUGGGACCUAUGUCUAGCUCUGCUCCAGCUGCAGCUGGAAAUUGGGGCCCAGAAGAUCACCUCCCUAUACCAGGGGAUGCCUGACUGGGGUGCUAGGGGCCAGGGUGAACACCUGCAGGCCCUGGAGGGGAUAUCCAGCAAGCACAGAUUCUCCUGGAAUCGUCUUCACCUGUUGCGGGGACUCUGGAGCAACUUAUGAAGUGGAUAGCUGGAUUCAGGCAAGGGGCCUUGGGUCAGUAAGGAGGAGGUCUCCAGCUAGCUUCUCAGGGUUGGGGAUUUCAGAGGGUCUCAGGUUGGCCUGUCUGAGUCCUGGGUUUUGGAGUCAGGUGGGUUUUCUUGAGUGAGGAGUCAUGGAGGAGAGUACAUCUCUGGUCAGGCUGAUAACUCCGUCUUCCUGCAGGAGGAAAGUAACUGCGUUGGUCCAGACACUGGGCCACGGGGCAGUUUGUGGCAGAAAGACAGCCAUGGUUUAGGAGGCAAUGUGAACAGCUGGAAGAAUUAUUCCGGCAGCUAGACUGUGUCAAGGGCUUGGCCUGGCCCAAAAGGGCCAUAGGAGCCCAACGUGAGGCCUAAUGGGCAGGCGGAUGGGCAGGUGAGGGUAAAGGCUAGGCUGGGGCAGAAGGAAGGGGCCAGGCGCCCUUGCUUAUGUCUCUGGGGAACCCAGAAGGCUGAUUGGCCCUGCCUCAGCCAGUGGAGCCCUGAGUCAUCCCUCUAUCCCUCCCUGCCAUCCCCUGCAGAUGCUGCGGCCCAGGUCUCCUCAGCUGCCCUGCUUUUCCAGGAGGCCCUGCUUGGAGCCCAGGUUGUGGCCACAUUUGGAGAACUGGACAGCAACCUGGGAAAGGCCCGAGAGGCCCAGCAGUGGAUGGAACAGCUGCUGCGGGGGGUGGGCCCCCCAGGGACAGGAACAGCUGUGUGGGAGCUGAAACUGAAGGAGCUGGUCAACAGGGUCCAGAUGCUGCAUCCACAGCUUCUGAGACUCCUAGUCAAAGUGGGAGUGGUGGGUGGAGAUAUGGAUCACUAUAGGGGUUUUGUCAAGGCGAGGACUCUCUUCUAGCUGUAACCUGGGUGUAGAGCACUAGGGGAUUUGGGACAUGGCAUUUCUCACUGGAUCACCUGUCUUGUUUGCAGGAAUGCAGGGAUUGGGGACCUGGGAUGGCUGUAUUCCUGUACCCUGUGUUGUUCCCUCUUGCCCUGGGACCCUGCCCACUGCCCACCGGGAUCUGCUUGCUUCCUGUAACUCUUCCGAUAGCCUGGACAUAGCUGCCACAGCCUUAGAGCAGCAUCAGCAACUGGGUUGGAGCACCGCCUGGUGCAGAAGGAGCAGACACUGGGCAAGAAGGUGGCCACUGGGCAAGAAGGUGGCCACGCUGUGGGCCCUGGAGCUGCGGGCAGCAGAGUUGCUUGAGCACAUGCCGCUAUGGGCAAAUGUGUAUGCCACCUGCUGAUUGCAGUGUAUGGAUGCCGGUAAGACAGACUCUGGGACUACCUGAGUGACUCAAAGUGACUCAAAGUGAUUGACCCAAGAAUCUCCUGACCUUGAGAGACCAAGGACCCCACUGAGUACCCACUGACGCUGAGUAACCCCCCAUGGGACCCCAUGAUAUCCUCCAAUGAUCCUCUGUCCUUGAGAAACCAGGUAUCAUGUAAAACUCAACAGAGGCCAUCUAGUGCCUUUGACCCUGAUAGAUCCUUUUCUGAGUGAUCUAAAAUUCUGAGUCACCUCUGCCCCUCAGGUUGACUACAGGAGCCCCGGGUAACUGGAGACCCCUACUCCAGAUAACUGGAAUAACUCCCAGAGACCCUGAAGGUCCAGUAGAUUGACUGCUCCCCUGCUCAGACUCUUCUUGAGAAGCCUGGUGAUUCCCAGCCCCCGGGAAGAACCCCCAGCUUUCUCCCGCGGUCCCACAGCUCUGGGUACUCUCCACCUGGCCCCAGACAGAGUGGGCAAAGUUGUGGCAGCUCAGAGCCACCAGGCCCUGGCCCUACAGACCUGCGGAGUCCCGUGGUCCCGCCUGUGGUCCCAGGGGCCAGGGUGGGGCACUUGCUAGCAGCUCGCAUUCCAAGCCCGGGCUCAGGCCUCCCGGCGGGCCAGAAGGUCUGGAGCGGAUGGAUGGCCAUAAGAUCUGGAUUCACUCACUGCCUCUGUCGACUGCCCAGCUCCCAUUUUCAUACUGGAAAACUGAGAAAGCACUUCUUGUGCCUACUUGUUGUAGUGACUAAGGGAGGUGGAGAGCCCUGGAGCCGUGACUUGCGCAGAGGAUGACCUUUCUCCACCUUUCCUCCUACCCCCUUCUUGUCCUGUCGCUUGGGCCAGGCCAACCUAAAGUCUCCCACCUCCCUAAAUAGAGGAGCUCGAUGUCUCUUUGUGUGCCCUCUCACCUCCCCGCUGACGCUGGAGCCCUGGGACUGAACAGCCUCACUGAUGGUGACUUCCACAGCGCCUACAAUGCUAGGGACAAAGGCUGUGUUCCGUGGGCCAUUUGAAGUCUCAAAUCAGACUCCUUUCCUUUGCUCAUGCCACACCCCCUCCUUGGUGCGCCCCCUAACUGUGGUGGCUUAAAGACAACCCCCCUUCCCCUUGCUCCGCAGGGGUCUGGGCAAGGGAGCUCAGUAAAGAUUUGCAGGAUGGAGCGGGCCUCAGGGGACCGAGGGAGGAACCUACGGGGACAGCCUGGGCCCUGGGAGCUUCGACUGGGCCUACUGCUGAGUGUGCUGGCCACCACCCUGGCCCAGGCCCUGGCCCCGGAUGUGCCAGGCUGUUCGAGGGGAAGCUGCUACCCUGCUACAGGUGACCUGCUAGUCGGCCGUGCUGACAGACUGACUGCCUCAUCCACCUGUGGUUUGCAUGGCCCCCAGCCCUACUGCAUCGUUAGUCACCUGCAGGAUGAGAAGAAGUGCUUCCUGUGUGACUCCCGGCGCCCCUUCUCUGCUAGAGACAACCCAAACAGCCAUCGCAUCCAGAAUGUAGUUACCAGCUUUGCACCACAGCGCCGGGCAGCCUGGUGGCAGUCAGAGAAUGGUGUCCCCGUGGUCACCAUCCAGCUGGACUUGGAGGCUGAGUUUCAUUUCACGCACCUCAUUAUGACCUUCAAGACAUUUCGUCCUGCUGCCAUGCUGGUGGAGCGCUCAGCUGACUUCGGACGCACCUGGCAUGUGUACCGAUAUUUUUCCUAUGACUGUGGGGCUGACUUUCCAGGAGUCCCACUCGCCCCCCCACGGCACUGGGAUGACAUAGUCUGUGAGUCCCGCUACUCAGAGAUUGAGCCAUCCACUGAAGGCGAGGUCAUCUAUCGUGUGCUGGAUCCUGCCAUCCCUAUCCCAGACCCCUAUAGCCCACGGAUCCAGAACCUGCUGAAGAUCACCAACCUACGGGUGAACCUGACACGCCUGCAUACGCUGGGGGACAAUCUGCUCGACCCACGGCGGGAGAUACGUGAGAAAUACUAUUAUGCCCUCUACGAGCUGGUUGUGCGUGGCAACUGCUUCUGUUACGGACACGCCUCGCAGUGUGCACCCGCCCCAGGAGCACCAACCCAUGCUGAGGGCAUGGUUCAUGGGGCCUGCAUCUGCAAACACAACACUCGUGGCCUCAACUGUGAGCAAUGUCAGGAUUUCUAUCAUGACUUGCCCUGGCGUCCAGCUGAGGAUGGCCACAGUCAUGCCUGCAGGAAGUGCGAGUGCCAUGGGCACACCCACAACUGCCACUUUGACAUGGCUGUAUACCUGGCGUCUGGCAACGUGAGUGGAGGUGUGUGUGAUGGAUGUCAGCACAAUACAGCUGGGCGCCACUGUGAACUCUGCCGACCCUUCUUCUACCGUGACCCAAGCAAGGACCUCCGGGACCCAGCUGUGUGCCGCUCCUGUGAUUGUGACCCCAUGGGUUCCCAAGACGGUGGUCGCUGCGAUCCCCAUGAUGAUCCUGCUCUGGGGCUGGUUUCGGGCCAGUGUCGCUGCAAAGAACAUGUGGUGGGCUCUCGCUGUCAGCGAUGCCGUGAUGGCUUCUUCGGGCUCAGUGCCAGCGACCCUGCAGGCUGCCGGCGGUGUCAGUGUGAUGCACGGGGCACAGUGCCUGGGGUCACCUCCUGUGACCCCAACAGUGGAACCUGUUUCUGCAAGCGUCUAGUGACUGGACGUGGCUGUAACCGCUGCCUGCCUGGUCACUGGGGCCUGAGCCAUGACCUGCUUGGCUGCCGUCCGUGUGAUUGCGACGUGGGUGGUGCCUUGGAUCCCCAGUGCAAUGAGGCCACAGGCCAGUGCCGCUGUCGCCAGCACAUGGUGGGGCGACGCUGUGAGCAGGUGCAGCCUGGCUACUUCCGACCCUUCCUUGACCACCUAACUUGGGAGGCUGAGGACACCCGAGGACAGGUGCUCGAUGUGGUGGAGCGCUUGGGGACCCCUGGUGGGACUCCAUCCUGGACAGGCCGGGGCUUUGGUAGGCUGCAGGAGGGUCAGACACUGGAGUUCCUGGUGGCCUCUGUGCCGAGAGCCAUGGACUACGACCUGCUGCUGCGCUUGGAGCCCCAGGUCCCUGAACAGUGGGCAGAGAUGGAAGUGACUGUGCAGCGCCCAGGGCCUGUGUCUGUCCACAGCCUGUGUGGGCAUGUGCUGCCCAAGGAUGACCACAUCCCAGGGACUCUGCAACCAGAAACCAGGUAUAUGGUGUUUCCCAGACCUGUCUGCCUUGAGCCUGGCAUCUCCUACAAACUGCAUCUGAAGCUGGUGCGAACAGGGGGAAGCGCUCAGACCGAGGCUCCCUACUCUGCACCCAGCCUGCUCAUUGACUCGCUGGUGCUGCUACCCCGUGUCCUGGUGCUGGAGAUGUUUAGUGGGGGGGAUGCUACUGCUCUGGAGCGCCGUGCCACCUUUGAACGCUACCGCUGCCACGAGGAGGGGCUGGUGCCCAGCAAGACCCCUCCCUCGGAGGCCUGUGCCCCUCUCCUCAUCAGCCUGUCCGCCCUGCUCUACAACGGUGCCUUGCCCUGUCAGUGUGACCCCCAGGGCUCACUGAGUUCUGAGUGCAAUCCCCACGGCGGCCAGUGCCUUUGUAAACCUGCGGUGGUGGGGCGCCGCUGUGAUCUCUGUGCCCCUGGCUUCUACGGCUUUGGCCCCACAGGCUGUCAAGCCUGCCAGUGCAGCCCCGAGGGGGCGCUCAGUGGCCUGUGCGAAGGGACCAGCGGGCAAUGCCCCUGCCGAACUGGUGCCUUUGGGCUUCGCUGUGAUGGCUGCCAGCGGGGCCAGUGGGGAUUCCCUAGCUGCCGGCCAUGCGUCUGCAACGGGCAUGCAGACGAGUGUGAUGCCCGGACGGGAGCUUGCCUGGGCUGCCGCGAUCACACAGGGGGUGAGCACUGUGAAAGGUGCGUUGCUGGCUUCCACGGGGACCCACGGCUCCCAUAUGGGGACCAGUGCCGGCCCUGUCCCUGCCCUGAAGGCCCUGGGAGCCGGCGGCACUUUGCUACUUCUUGCCAUCGGGAUGGGUACUCCCAGCAGAUCAUGUGCCACUGUAGGGCAGGCUACACAGGGCUGCGGUGCGAUGCUUGUGCCCCUGGGUACUUUGGGGACCCGUCAAGGCCAGGUGGCCAGUGCCAACCAUGUGAGUGCAGUGGGAACAUUGACCCCACGGACCCUGAUGCCUGUGACCCCCGCACGGGGCAGUGCCUGCGCUGCUUACACCACACGGAGGGGCCGCACUGUGCCCACUGCAAGCCUGGCUUCCAUGGACAGGCUGUCCGACAGAGCUGUCACCGCUGCACCUGCAACUUGCUGGGUACAGAUCCCCAGCAGUGCCCGUCUACUGACCGCUGCAACUGUGACCCAAGCAGUGGGCAGUGCCCAUGCCUCCCCAAUGUCCAGGGCCCUAGCUGUGACCGCUGUGCCCCCAACUUCUGGAACCUUACCAGUGGCCAUGGCUGCCAGCCCUGUGCUUGCCACCCAAGCCGAGCCAGAGGCCCCACCUGCAAUGAGUUCACGGGGCAGUGCCACUGCCGUGCUGGCUUUGGUGGGCGAACCUGUUCUGAGUGCCAGGAGCUCCACUGGGGGGACCCUGGGUUGCAGUGUCGCGCCUGUGAUUGUGACCCUCGUGGAAUAGACACACCUCAGUGUCACCGCUCCACGGGGCACUGCAGCUGCCGCCCAGGCGUGUCUGGCGUGCGCUGUGACCAGUGUGCCCGUGGCUUCUCAGGGGUCUUUCCUGCUUGCCAGCCAUGCCACGCAUGCUUCGGGGACUGGGACCGCGUGGUACAGGACUUGGUUGCCCGUACACGGCGCCUGGAGCAGCGGGCGCAGGAGCUGCAGCAGACGGGUGUACUGGGUGCCUUUGAGAGCAGCUUCUGGCACAUACAGGAGAAGCUGGGAACUGUGCAGGGGAUUGUGGGUGCCCGCAACACCUCAGCUGCCUCCACUGCACAGCUCGUGGAGGCCACAGAGGAUCUGCGGCGUGAAAUUGGAGAGGCCACUGAGCACCUGACCCAGCUGGAGGCAAAACUGACGGAUGUGCAGGAUGAGAACUUCAAUGCCAACCAUGCACUGAGCAAUCUGGAGCGAGAUGGGCUUGCACUUAAUCUCACACUGCGGCAGCUGGAUCAGCAUCUGGACCUGCUCAAGCAUUCAAACUUCCUGGGUGCCUAUGAUAGCAUCCGCCAUGCCCACAGUCUGUCUGCAGAGGCAGAACAUCGUGCCAACACAUCGGCCUUGACGGUGCCCAGCCCUGUGAGCAGCUCAGCAGAUACUCGGCACCGGACGGAGGUGCUGAUGGGUGCCCAGAAGGAGGACUUCAACCGCAAACACAUGGCCAACCAGCGGGCACUAGGCGAGCUCUCUGCCCAUGCCCAUUCCCUGAGCCUGACAGCCAUAAAUGAACUGGUGUGUGGACCCCCGGGGGAUGCACCCUGUGCUACAAGCCCUUGCGGGGGUGCUGGCUGUCUGGACGAGGAUGGGCAACCCCGCUGCGGGGGCCUCGGCUGCAACGGGGCAGUAGCCAUGGCGGACCUGGCACUGGGUCGGGCCCGGCACACACAGGCAGAGUUGCAGCGGGCUCUGGCAGAAGGUGGCGGCAUCCUCAGCCAGGUGGCUGAGACCCGUCGGCAGGCAGGCGAGGCACAACAGCGGGCCCAGGCAGCCCUGGACAAGGCUAAUGCUUCCAGGGGACAGGUGGAGAAGGCCAACCAAGAGCUUCGGGAACUUAUCCAGAAUGUGAAGGACUUCCUCAGCCAGGAGGGGGCUGAUCCCGAUAGCAUUGAGAUGGUGGCCACACGAGUGCUAGAGCUCUCCAUCCCAGCAUCACCUGAGCAGAUUCAGCACCUGGCAGGCGAGAUUGCAGAGAGGGUCCGGAGCCUGGCAGAUGUGGACACAAUCCUGGCGCGUACCGUGGGAGAUGUGCGUCGGGCAGAGCAGCUACUACAAGAUGCACGGCGGGCAAGGAGCCGGGCUGAGGGUGAGAAACAGAAGGCAGAAACAGUACAGGCAGCACUGGAGGAAGCCCAGAGGGCCCAGGGUGCUGCUCAGGGUGCCAUCCAGGGGGCAGUAGUCGACACACAGGACACGGAGCGGACCCUGCACCAGGUGCAGGAGAAGAUGGCAGGUGCGGAGCAGGCACUGAGCUCUGCAGGGGAGCGGGCUCAGCAAUUGGAUGGUCUCCUGGAGGCUCUGAAAUUGAAACGAGCAGGGAAUAGCCUGGCAGCCUCUAGUGCUGAAGAAACAGCAGGCAGUGCCCAGGGUCGUGCCCGGGAAGCUGAGCAGCUGCUGCAGGGCCCACUAGGCGACCAGUACCAGACAGUGAAGGCCUUGGCUGAGCGCAAGGCCCAGGGGGUGCUGGCUGCACAGGUGCGGGCAGAGCAACUUCGGGAUGAGGCUCGAGGCUUGUUGCAGGCUGCUCAGGACAAGCUGCAACGGCUGCAAGAGCUGGAGGGCACCUAUGAGGAGAACGAGCGGGCACUGGAAGGCAAAGCAGCCCAGCUGGAUGGACUGGAGGCCAGGAUGCGUAGUGUGCUUCAAGCCAUCAACUUGCAGGUUCAGAUCUACAACACCUGCCAGUGACCCCUGCGGGAUUCCUACCCCAGUCCCCAGCCCCGCCCCGCCCCCGUUACUGCCUCUGCAUGGAAAAGUUCCUAGCCUGACCAGGCCCCCAAUAAACCGCUGUGAAUCCC